UGUUUUACAUCAGUAAACAAGUUGUUUAAAACAUUCAUUUAUAUGUUAUAAAAAAUAUUAUAUUCGCGACCAUUUAGUGAGUUCGUGGUGGAUAAAAAAAUUGAAAAAAGAUGGAAAAGAAAAUAGAAAAUGAAAAGAGGAAGGUCACACGUGUAUGCAAUGGAUUUCUGGUGUUGUUGGUAGCAAACUCGACUCUCUUCACGUACGGGCUACAGGCGGGCUGGUUGUCCCCCUCCGCCAAGGUCCUUCAAUCCAGUUCCUCUCCCACGGGGGCUCCGCUGACAGACAACACCCUGGGCUGGGUCGCCAGCCUCAUGCCUAUCACUGCGGCGUGCACUGUUCCACUGUUCUCCAUACUCGCGGACAGGAUCGGGAGAAAGAAGAGUAUUUUGCUGAUGACUGUGCCGCAAUUUGGUUGCUGGCUUCUCAAACUCUUCGCCACAAACCUGACGUACCUGAUUAUAGCCCGGAUAUGCUACGGGCUGGCCGCUGCUGGUUGCUUUAGUGCUGUCCCCAUCUACAAUAAGGAGAUCGCUCAGGAUAGCAUUAGAGGUCGCAUGGGGUCUAUGCUGAUCUUCUUUCUUAACCUAGGAAUAUUAACAAUAUACGCAUUAGGAGCUUACCUGGAUUACUACACAGUUCUGUACGUGGUGUCUGGGAUACCGGUUCUCACUUUUUUUUGCAUGCUGAAGUGCCCAGAAUCCCCUGGGUACCUGGUGAAGGUUGGCCGGUACGAUGAGGCAGCCGAAAGCUUGUCUUGUCUCAGAUGUCUUCCAGCUGAAGACCUAUCUCUGCAAGGCGAACUCGAAUAUAUGAAGAAACAGGACGAAUAUUACAAGACCCUUCCCAACCUCUCUUUGAUAGUUAUUUUUAAGAACAAAGCCUGGCGCAAGGCCUACCUGAUCUCCACGCUUCUGAUCGCCGUACAAGCGUUAAGCGGCAACUUCGCUCUGGUGACGUACGGAGCGAACAUCGUGUCGUCUGUAGCAGACAUGAACGCUGAGCUGCAGACUCUAAGCUUCCCUACCAUCAUGAUGUUGGGCUCCGUUGUGUCUGUGUGCGUUACGGAGCGGGUUGCAAGGAAGAAAAUCCUGCUAUUCUCGUACGUGGUAUCAGUGCUAUCGCUCGGCACGUUGGCGACCGUGAUGCUGCUGCCGAAGGACACCGUACUGGGCUGGCUGAUGCUGCUGGCCAUCACCGCGUCUAUGUUCGUGUACGCCGUGGGAGUGCUGCCAGGUCCUUAUAUCAUCAUGGCGGAGGUAUUUAACAUUCAGAUCCGAGCAAAGCUUAUGGGUGUAGUAACCUCCCAGGCGUGGCUGAUGUGCUUCACGCAACUGGCGACCUUCGCGCCCAUUAGCGCUGUUCUCGGCAUGUAUACGUACUUUUACAUUUGUGCUGCGAUGAACCUCCUCGGAGUUAUUGUGGUCCUGGUACUUUUGCCUGAGACUCGAGGGAAGAGUAUUGAGGAAGUGGAACUUGAGUUGGCAAAGUAGACACUGUAUGAAAUAAAUAUUUCAGUUCAAUUCGUUUUUCUAAUUUUAUUAAGCUAACGACCUUGGCGCCCAUCAGCGCAGCUCUCGGCAAGUAUACAUACUUCUGCGUUUGCGCUGCGAUGAACCUCCUCGGAGUUGUUGUGGUCCUGGUACUCUUAGUCUGAGACUAGGGGGAAAAGUGUUGAGGAAGUGGAACUUGAGUUGGCGAAGUGAGGACGCUGUAGGA